GUAUCGCUUGAAAUCAGAGCGGUUUUCCUCAUUCAAACGAAAGGUACCAAAUCGUUGAUUUCUCUUCUACUUCACUCGGGGAGAUCCACUCCAUCGAAACGGAACAGAUUGGCGCACGCGCGACUGCCAAAUUUCCAUGUCGUCGCGGACGUCGCGACGCCGCUUGAUCAAUAUAUCGAAUGACGUCAUGCAUUAUCACCCACCCGCGUCGUUGUUCUACGCGGCGCGACGCUACGCAAUCGGUGUCUCCCUUUCUCGCACGCUGUUCCCUUCGGUACUCGCAUUGUAACUCGUUCUCGCGGUAUCUCGCUUCGCGGCUUCGCUCGUCGAACAGCGCGCGAUUCGAGACAACGCCCGCAACGAUGAAUCUUUCGUAGAGAACAUAGAAAAUCCUUCUCUCGCGCAUUUAUCCUUCUUUUCCGGGAGACUGAAAAGAGUUCACGUGUUUAUUCAAGUAGCUCAUCAAUUUUCCUCUUUUCCAUUCUCUUUACGCGCUAGACACAUCGGUGGGAGCGACAUCCAUUCAGUGGCGCGCAUCCGUUCUCAUCGUACGUCCGUUCUCCCUCGCUUCCUCGGGCUGCAGACCUGCCGUGCCGUAGAACGUUCACCAAUCGCCACCACCUGGCGAACAACCCUUGCGAUCUCGCCGCCGCUGUCGAGGAGAGGGUGAAUUAUUUUUUUCGACCCUUCGUCGGCCGCGUCAUCCCCGCGCUGUCCGUGCGCCGACUGUCACUUCCGCCGCCACCGCCGUCACCACCGCCACCGUCGCCGUCGUCGCCGCCACCGACGCCGCCGCUACGAAGAUCAUAGUACCGUCGCGUACCUCGAGUAGCCGAGUAUCCCGAGUGUAUCCUCCAGUAUUCCCGAAUCCGCGAAUGCGAAGGAGGACCUGGACGCACUUCGCCGGCCGCCACUCGUCACGAUGUUGCGACUCGCGGUGAUCGCGCUCUUCCUCCUCGCCGGUACGACGACCGCCGAGAUCUUCACCAACACGUUUCUGGUGAAGAUGCGGCAGCCCGCGGAGAGGCAUGUAGCUGAUCGCGUAGCGCAGAGGAACGGAUUCGUCAAUCUCGGUCCGGUUUUGGGCAGUCAGACGGAAUACCAUUUCGUACAUACAGCUCUACCACAUGUACGAAGCAAAAGGUCCGUGCCGCACACGCGAAAAUUAAAGGUCGACCCUUUGGUGGCCACGGCCAUCCAGCAGGCUGGCUUCAAGAGGGUGAAACGGGGUUACAAGUCACUAAGCGUGGACAACCUUGUACCUUUAUAUGAAAUGAAGAAUCCCACGAAUCCCGGGAGUAAGGAUCCGACUGAUCCCUACUUCAAGUAUCAGUGGUACUUGAAGAACGUCGGACAGAACGGUGGUAAGCCGAAAUUGGAUUUGAACGUCGAGGCCGCCUGGGCACAGGGUGUGACGGGGAAGAACGUAACUACUGCUAUCAUGGACGACGGUGUUGACUAUAUGCAUCCGGAUCUCAAGUACAAUUAUAACGCUAAAGCUUCUUACGACUUCAGCAGUAACGACCCUUAUCCAUACCCGAGAUACACCGACGACUGGUUUAACAGUCAUGGCACUCGAUGCGCCGGGGAAGUCGCAGCCGCGCGCGAUAAUGGGGUGUGUGGCGUCGGGGUGGCCUACGAUUCGAAGAUCGCCGGGAUUCGGAUGCUGGACCAGCCGUACAUGACAGAUCUCAUUGAAGCGAACAGUAUGGGCCACGAACCCGAUCUCAUCGACAUUUACAGCGCGUCCUGGGGACCCACGGACGACGGGAAGACGGUGGAUGGACCGCGAAACGCGACCAUGAGGGCCAUUGUGCGCGGCGUUAAUGAGGGUAGAAUGGGGCUGGGUAACAUUUACGUCUGGGCUUCUGGAGACGGUGGUGAGGAAGACGACUGCAACUGCGACGGAUACGCUGCGAGUAUGUGGACCAUCAGUAUCAAUAGUGCCAUUAAUGAUGGCCAGAACGCCCAUUAUGACGAGAGCUGUUCCAGUACCUUAGCUUCUACCUUUAGCAACGGUGCCAAGGAUCCUAAUACGGGAGUGGCUACUACAGAUCUGUAUGGAAAAUGCACGACUACUCACAGUGGAACGUCCGCUGCGGCACCGGAAGCCGCGGGAGUAUUCGCGCUUGCUCUUGAAGCCAACCCGCAGCUAACGUGGAGAGACAUUCAGCACUUGACCGUCCUAACUUCAAAAAGAAAUUCCCUGUUCGAUGCGAAGGACAGAUUUCACUGGACCAUGAACGGUGUCGGACUCGAGUUUAAUCAUCUUUUCGGAUACGGCGUCCUGGAUGCGGGCGCCAUGGUAGCGCUAGCUAAAAAGUGGAAGACCGUGCCACCAAGAUACCACUGCGAAGCCGGCUCCACGUUCGAAAAGCAGAAAGUGACGAGUGAUCGAUCCAUUCUUGUAACGAUUAGGACCGAUGCGUGUGCCGGCACCGAGUACGCCGUAAAUUAUCUGGAGCACGUGCAAGCCGUCAUUUCCAUAAAUGCAACACGCCGCGGCGACCUCGAGCUGUUCCUCACGUCCCCGAUGGGUACGAGAUCUAUGAUCCUGAGUCGCAGAAUAAACGAUGACGAUCACAGAGAUGGGUUUAUGAAAUGGCCAUUUAUGACAACGCACACAUGGGGCGAGUACCCUCAGGGAACCUGGAUGCUAGAGGUAAGCUUCAACACCCAAACGUCGCAAGAGGGAUGGCUGAAGGAAUGGACACUGAUGCUCCACGGUACCAGAGAACCACCGUACACAGGAUUGUCAACGGCGGAUCCUCACUCGAAAUUAGCGAUCGUUAAGAAGGCCCACGAGGAACGACUGAGCGCGAUCUAACGUUGACGGCUUAUGCGAUUCAUCGCCGAUUCAAGCGUGGAAAAUGAUAAUAUCCCGAACGAAAGAUGUUUACGCGUGCGCUCCCUUACUGCUUUUCCUGAUUUUGCCGCGCGGCCGGAGGAACAGACGUAUGCCUCGAUUUGAGAUUCGAUUUGCGCGCGAUCCGACGGUAUCAACCGUGCCAAUUUUUGUAUCUCGCCAUUCAUUAUUUCAGCAUGUUAACUUAUUCGCGCCGAGUCAUCCGCGAGAAGCUAGAUUUCGGUACUUUUCAUUAUAGUCGCGUUUGCCGAAGCAUCGUCUAACACAGUGACUCGAUAUCAACUACGGCUACAUAUCAUACAGUUUGUACCAAAAGUUUAUACUAUUAAGAAUGCGGACCUUUCGUGUCUUCUUGAGUACCGCUAACUUUUCUUUAAAUGCGCUCUUACUGACGAGAAGAAAGUUAACUCUUUAGUGCCCAAUAAUCAAAAUUCGCAUUUUUUCUAGACAACUUUGAUUAUAUAAAAAUUUCUUAUGAGAAAUCUCGGGUGAUUCUAUGUUCUACAUAAUUUUCUGAUUUUUCAAGCUCUUCGUUUCAUGAAGAGAUACGGGAUUUGAAAAGAAUUAAUUCGGGCAGUAAAGGAUUAAAGGUUCUUCAAGAUGUUAACUCCGCUAUUGUUUGUUAUAGAUUAUUUAUUAUCUGUUAUCAUUAAUUAUUAUUAUUAUUAUUAUUGUUAUUAGUUAUUGGUUAUCAAACUCAGAGAAGCGUGCAAUGUAACUAUCUAGAAAUAACAUUUUGUUGAAAUUGUGUCCGCGUUGACAGCUUUCUGAAACCGACGAUCGAAACUUGAUGUGGGGGAACAAGGAGAUAACGGAGGGAAAGAAGUUUACUAUGUAUUACUCAAUAACAGAAUAAAUUAUACUCUUCUGACAGAGCGGUAAAACUUGCAACACUAGCGUUUAAUGGUCGUUAUCGAAUCGAUAGCGUGCAGGACGCCUGCAAAAGAGUAUUUCCGGGAACAAGAAUUUCGUGUGAUCAUCGUCGUCCUCUCGAUAUUCCGAGUCUUGAAAUUUUCAACUGUAGUGAAAUUCGAUGGUGCGGCGGGUCGAAUUAAAAAAAAAGGAAAGAUUGUCCGCAAAAUUAUUUUUUGAUAGUUUCGUGAUAUUGUAGUCCAUGACUCGCUUUAUCGAUUUAUCUUUUUGUCAUAUUUUAUUACUCGAUUAUCAAUACAACUUGAACUUUUAGCAUACAAAGCUUAGAUAAUUGUUUAGUGAAGAAAUUGUUAGUAUAAAUUAUAUAUCAAUAGAAAUUAUGUAAAAAAUAUUUACUUGAGGAAAUUCUGAAGCAUUCGCAGUGCGCGAUGAUAAUUAAAAAUCUAUUUUUCUUCACCCGCAUGAUUAAUGCGCGCGACAGAAUGACGCACGAGGACGUCAGUGAGGAACACGAAAACGCGAAAUACGGAUGCUACAAAAUCCGAAUGUGUAGAUGAUGUAUCUUAGAACUGUAGCAAACAGAGAAAUUUGAACAUUGCAUUAAAUCAUAUAAAUAUAAAUGCAUAUAUAAAUAAGAUAUGUGUAUAUUUACAUAUAUGUAUGUACGUGUAGAAUACCUAAUCACCAUCGCAUUAUCUUUGAACGAUGAAUUAAUUAAUCUUGAGAAGCGAUUAAAUAUACUAAAAGUCAAACUAAUUUUAACCAUUUAAAAAGCUGUACAACUUUGACAUAUCUUAGGAUUUUAGUUUCUAAAUUAUACAGAGAAUCCAUCGUUGAAAGAUAAUGCAAUAAUAGCGAAAAAUACCCUACAAGUAUAUACAUAUAUCUUACCUAUAUCUUAUAUGCAGAACAGGAGGCAGGAAAUUUUUGGCGUAAAUGAUCUUCGUUGUAAAUACAGUUACCGAAAAAUGUCUUGAACAAAAAGUCUCGCAGGUUCCAAGGAAAGUAUGAUACAUGAUGUAUUUAAAUAUCUUCUUAAAUAAGUACUCAUUGUAAAUGGCAAGCACAAUAAUAUCAGCAUGUUUCAGCAACUGUAUAUAUGACAGAAAUAAUAUGAGUCACCCAAAGAUAAAUAUCCCAUUCUGCAUAUUUUAUAUACGUAUGUCCUAUUACAUAUAUCUUACAAUUGAAAUGGAUUUAAUCAACUUUAUUGUGUAUGCGUUGUAGGUGGAUGAAUAAAAUCUGUAUUUUUUGGCUGG